UAAUCUACGUGGAAUUGAAAACGUAAACACAAAUAUCGGCAGCUUGGAAUUAAACUCACUAUUUUCUCUGAAACAAUGUCUGACUGGGACUGGGGAUCGAAGAAAACAGGUGGACAAAAUAACCACGGUGGUAAAAUGAGUACAGAGGACAUGCUUGAAGCCGAAAAUGACCGAAUGACACUCGGUCUAGCGGCUAAGGUCUCAACUUUGAAAUCUCUUGCCAAGGAUAUGGAGAACGAGACAAACGACCAAAAUGUUUAUCUUGAUGGAAUGGGUGAUGAUUUCUCCAGCUCAGAAGGCCUCCUAAGCGGAACGGUAAAGCGGCUGGACGGCAUGCUGUCGUCCGGCCGCGGGAAUCGCAAGCUCAUGUGCUACAUGAUCGUAGGACUCGUUCUAUUAUUCGUCUUUGCGUAUCUCCUGUUAUCUCGAGUGACUGGGCACUGACAACGGAUGAGUGUCGAACAGUGAGAUUGAGGAUCAGAUAUGAUUAUAUUUUUUCAGGACUACUUUGCUCUUUUUAGUGGGACUCUGAAGCGGCACCUAGAGACAGACUUCUCUACUGCGAUGGAGUUGAACGAGAUCAUUGUGCGGAGAUCUCUGUGAACUUCUGUACGCUGAAGAUUUGCAGAACUUCGAAAGGUGGAUAUGGCUCUGCCAUUCUGAGUCCUUCUACUUCUGUACAGAUGUGGCAUAUAGAGACUGACCUUCUAUUUAUUGCUUAUUUCUAUCGAGUAUGAAUACAAUCAAUGCCUGUUCUUGUGCAGAGAAGAUUCAGGUUGUGGAAAUGAUGGUAUUCUUUAUAGCAUUUUCCCCUGCACUAAUCUGCUUCACAAGAGACAAUCAUCCUGUUAAUUGCUAUGAAGUAUUCCGAUCAUGGACGGAUCCUGUAUGCGGAAGAUUCAGAUCGUGGAAAGAAUGGUUAUAGUACUUCUAUUGCACUAAUCUGCAUCACAAGAGACAUUUAUCCUGUUAAUUGCUAUGAAGUUUUAUUGCGAUCAUGGACGGAUCCUGUACGUGGAAGAUUCAGAUUGUGGAAAAGCUAAUUAUGGUGACUCUGGUCCGUAAUUAGCCUUAUCUUCUGCACUUAUCUCCAGCAGGUAAAAUCAUACAUCCUAUUUAUUUCAAUCAAGUAUUAACGUGAUCAUGGAUGGCUCAUGUACAUGUACGCGGAAGAUUCCGAUCGUGGAAACGAUUAGUAGCAUCCAUUCUUACACUUGACUCCUGUUCUCGUCAGCAUCUCAUAGAGACAUACAUUCUUUUCAUUGCUAGUGUCAAGUGUUAAUGCGAUCAUUGACGGAUCCUGUACGCGGAAGAUUGAGAUCAUGGAAAGGAUUAGUAGCGUCCAUUCUUAUCCUUUUCUCAUUUACUGAGUAGCACCACAUAGCAACAUAUACUUCCUAUUUAUUGCUAUCAAGUAGUAACUUGUUGGAGGCUGAUUCUGUAUAUAUGCGGGUGGUAAACUGCUAAUUCUUCUGUUACUAACUCGUCCACUCAUCACUUGGUCUACCUUCAUUGGUCUAAUGCCAUUCUGUCCAUCAACAUUUUGCCUAACAACCAUUUGGUCCAAUAACCAUUUGGUCUAAUAAUCACUUCUUCUAAUCACCAGGUCGCCUAUGACCAUUUUGUUGAAUAACCCAUUUUCUUUUCAUUCAUUUCGGCCAAUUGGCACUUGAUUGGUUAAUUGGUGGGGAUUUUUUACCUGAUUGCUAAGAAAGCAUGAAUGCUUGUAAGCAAGCAACCAGAGGACCGACGGCUAAA